GACACGCGGCGCUGCACCAAACAAGCACUCUGCAAUCGAUUGCUAUCCCUUCCAGGAGAGAAAACAAAGAACUUGGUUGUCAGCUAGCGUAAAGAUUCAAACCAUAUAAAUAAUGGGCAAGAAACAUAAAAAGCACAAGUCUGAAAAAUAUGAAGAGUACGGGGAGAGACCACUUAAAUUGGUUCUGAAGGUUGCUGGAAAUGAGGUGACGACUGGAAGCUCGAGCUUUGAAAAUGCAUUUGACGAACAUCCAGAUUUAGAGAAACACAAGGACAAGAAAAAGAAGAAGAAAAAGGAUAAGGAAAGGAAUGAUACCAUGUCACCAGUUGAUAAAAAGAAAAAGAUGACAAAGAAGAAGAAGGGACAGGACGCUGAUACAGACUGGGAUGAUAAGGAGGCGAGCAGGACCCCUAUCCGUUCAGAUCUGGCGUCCUCUUUGAAUAAAGUGGAAGAGAAAGAACUGACCCCACUGCAGGAAGCAUUGAGCCAGCUCAUCAGACAGCUCCAAAGGAAAGACCCAAGUGCAUUUUUCUCGUUCCCUGUGACUGACCUUAUCGCUCCUGGCUACUCCACGAUCAUCAAGCGGCCCAUGGACUUUGGCGCAAUGAAGGAGAAAGUCAAGAAUGAGUAUUACCAGUCACUAGAGGAGCUCAAGGUGGACUUCAGGAUCAUGUGUGAGAAUGCCAUGAUCUACAACAAGCCAGAGACCAUCUACCACAAAGCUGCCAGGAAGCUGCUCCACUCUGGCAUGAAGAUCCUCCGCCCGGAGAGGCUUGAGAGCCUGAGGCAGAGUAUUGAGUUCAUGGCUGACCUAGAGAACCCAGCCAACCGGUCAAGUAAGACUGGAGAGGUGGGAAACACAAGCAUGGACCAGCGUAAAGACGGUCCCAACCCCACAGAUCCUAGCGAGACUACCCAGUCUGCACCAAACACUCCCAGGAAAGACAACGACUCCAAAGACGAAGUGUCCAAGGUCGUCAGUCAGGCAGAGAAGGAGCUUGAGGAGAUCCGCAAGCUCAUUGACGAUUCGGGAGGCAAACUGUCCAACAGAGGGCUGGAGAGUGAGCUGGACUUUGAGAGGAGAAAGUCUGAUGGUUCCACCACACUGGCAAUCCUGAACCCAGUCGACCUUGUGGCUGGAGAUGUGGGCUACUGCCCUGUGAAGCUGGGCAUGAUGUCCAACCGGCUGCAGAGUGGCAUCAACACCCUGCAGGGCUUUAAGGAGGACAAGAGGAACAUGGUCACACCAGUAUCGUACAUGAACUAUGGUCCGUACACCUCCUACGCGCCCGCCUACGACUCAAGCUUCGCCAACAUCGGGAAAGAGGACUCUGACCUGAUCUAUUCCUUCUAUGGAGAGGAAGCCAGCCUCCAGGGAUCUGAGAGCCUCUCGGAGUUCCUGUCCAAAUCGGAGGAGCACAUGUACAAACUGGCAGACAACCUCCUGGAUGCGUUGACUAAUGGGGAGCACUCCAAAACCCUGAGAGAGACCCGUCCAGAUGAGCAAGAGCCAACAGAAACUGCUGAGACUGGAGACAAGGACAUGGAGGUGGUUGAUCCGGAGGCCAGCAAGCAGACUGAAAGCAGACUAGCCUCCCUGGGCUCUGUGGUCGGCCUGGACCUCCAGACUGCACCAGACCUCCUCUCUGAGGAGGCCCAACAUUUCCAGCAGAAGUUGGAUGAGACUACAAAGCUCCUUCACGAGCUGCAGGAAGCGCAGAGGGAACGCUUGAGUGUCAAGCAGCCCCCCAACAUCAUCUGCCUGCUAGCUCCAACCACCAAGGAGCUGCAACUGGCGGAGAAGGUGACUGGUAACCUGGCCCAACUGACCAGUCAGGUGGCUCCAGGAGAUGUGAGCAGUGUGUACGGGAUCAGGAGGGCCAUGGGCAUCGCUAUACCCCUAGAGGCAGAUGAACCACUCAUAGACCUCACCACAGUUGAUACUGAGCCGAUGGAUACCGUGCCUGAAGUUCAGCAGAUUCCAGUCAUCGCAGUAUAAUGGAAUUUCACAGCAGCCAUCCUCCUGAUAACAUCCCAUCUCUGUUGUAGUGUUCAAAAAGGUUCUUUGUUUGCAUCUCUUUUAAACCUUUUUAUAUAUAAAGCCAUUUGGCACCUUAUCCAUUCUGAUAUUCCAUGUCUUCGUAAAUCAAGUUGGGAUUCAGCCUUUAAAAAUAUCAACUUGCGAAACAAUUUAUCGCAACUGUACAAAAUGCAAACUCAUUUAGUCCUCAGACAAGAUGAAAGCAACACGACAGAUGUUGAGUAAGGCCACAGGACAAGUCAGUGUUCCAUAUCUUAAACAUCUUCCUUGGACCUUUUAUGUAUCAAAUAAUUUAUGGGUAACAGUUAAGUAUGUUACUGUGAUUGUUUAAUUAAACAAUGCUCAAACAGCUUCUUAGUUAAAUUUGCUCUUUGCUCGGACUGUCAGUUUGGGGAGAGCUGAAAACAAGCUGUUAUUGGCAAAGAGGUUUGGAGUUCUUUACUAAUUUACUGCCUGGUCAAAAUCUCAGCCUGUUUGGUGGGAUGGAGUUAAGUGGUCUUUUCUAAAAUGGCGCUUAUACUAAAAGGACAUUGUCAUAGUUUCAUUCUAACCUGUGUGUUUAGGUACACAAAAGACACCAAAUAGAGUAUUAGUUUGACCAGUGAUUCACAGACACUGUGGUUUGUGGGCUAGUCAAUGCAAUCUAUACCUUUACAACUAAUAUGGCUGAAGCAUACUGCACAGCACGGAGUUGGGCUCUGAAGAUCAUUUUGUUUCAGUCAAAUUAAGCUUUUCAUUAGUCACCAGAAUGUUGUUUUACUGUGCAUAUAGCACUUAUUUGUCAUUUAUUUUUGAAAGACAUACCAUAAACUGUCCAUCGGUCUCAGCUGUUUCAGUAGGCAGGAUAUUUGGCUUCGAUAUUUACAUUUAGUCCCAUGGACGUACAAACCAAACAAAAAUAAAUGAUUAGAGGGUGACUGUUCACUAAACAAACUGUUAAAGGUAGAUGCCCAAAGUAAACAGCAUAGUUGGUCAAUUUCCCCCCAACAUCAAGUUUAAACUUCUCCGCUGUUUUGGUUCUGUUGCUACCACGCUGUAUCAGCGUGAAGGGAACCCGUGCACAAGUCUUGCAGCUCUUGACAAUGUAAUUUUGCUUAGUCUACCUUAAGGUCUAGAAAACCAUGGCAGCGAGUAUGUACUGUACACUGUCACUCCACAUGCAGCAGCACUCACUCCAUUGUUUUAUUCACCAUUUGCUUGAUAAACAGCUCAGUUUUGAGCAGACUGAAGAUGUUUUUCGUGCAUCUCAUGAUUCCAACAAGGUUCUAGGAGUAUUAGGUGAUAGAAUCCAGUAUGACGACGACCAGUGCUUGACGUAACCUCCAUGUCAGUCUAAUUGAAUGCAUACAUUAGAACUGGAUCUCAAUUUUCUUUUUUUAUAAAUCAGCAGCACUAAGCAUUUAUUUCCAAUGAAGAAUCUCCCAAAGGGAUUCCUGGAAACACAAAUAAUCCAAAAUAUAACCUCGUCUUCAAGUCUUGAUCUGGUUUGGUCAGGAUCAUCGCUGACUGAAGCACUGGGAUGAAUUAUAUUUGUGUGCUCCGGUAGGUUUAGUCUAAGCAUGCUAACUUAUGUGCGUUCAUGUAAUUAGUCUGUGCUGAAUGCUAGACUGUCCUGUAACCGACCCAGCACACGUAUGCGCUACCAGGCCCAGAGUCCACACACAGUAGUGUGCUCACCGUAGACCUCAGCUCAGGCCCAUUCCCUGCUGCUUGCUCAUGUCCGUGCACACAAAGAAGGUUGUCAGCUCGCCUUUCCCCUUUACGUUGAUGAGGCCUCUGCACUCGCAGGAGUAGCCCAGCUUCUGGAGCACGUCCGACGUCUCCUCUGUGACCUGGAGCAGAAACAGACGAAGCAAGGAACAAGAAAAACAUUACUAUGCUGAAUGCAUGCAGCCAUGAUUUUUGUGUGGUUAAUCUCUCCAGCCAGACUAGCAAGGACAAUACUAGGUUGUACUGAACCUGAAUCUUGCCCAGCUCUCCAGUGCUCUCCAUCCUACUGGCCACGUUGACGGUGUUGCCCCAGAUGUCAUACUGAGGUUUUCUGGCUCCAAUCACCCCAGCAAUAACAGGCCCAUGGUUAAUGCCUGUGAAAAGCAGGCAGACAGUGACACAGGGCACAACAUAACGAGAUACCUGCUGGGAAUAAACCAGUCACAUACUGUAGAGUAGUCUACUAGAAUGUGAUGAAUAAGACACUGACUAUCAGCUAGACUGACCCAAUUGUAUGCCUGAGAAAAGCAUGAUGCCACAGAAAACUGGAGAUAAAAUACAAAUGACAUGCUCAAUUCAGUGAUAUACACUAACAGGGUCAAACAAGUGCUAUCAGCUUGUCUGGCUGAGUCAACCACAGGGAGCCAAAGCCAUUUUACAAUUCUGUUUUAGUAAUUUAGCAGACACUUUUAUCCAGAGCGACUUACAUGAGCAAUUGGGGUAUCGCAAGGGCACCACAACAGAAUUUUCACUUAGUCAGCUCGGUAAGUCGAACCAGCAACCUUUUGGUUACUGGCCAAACUCUUAACCGCUAGGCUACCUGCCACCACUGCCAGUUGUUCAUGUUGGAAUCUGCGUUUUAAUAAAAAAUGUCUUCCAGGGAGAA